AUGAUUGUUGUGAUUCAUAAGAAGGGUACAGACAUCUCAAAUGGAUGUGUUCUCGUUGAAAACUAUCAGACACCUCGGCUUAACAAUGAACUAAACUGUGUAUCUAUCUCCUCUACUGAAGUUGAUCACAUAACUGCACAUAAUGACUGGUCUCAAUUAGGGUGGAUACAACAAAGUGCUUCUAAGUAUGAUGUCAAAGAGGAUGUCGUAACAUUAUUCUGCAAUAUCAUUAGACAUCACUUCAUUAAAGAUCUUGUGAAAGACAAAGUUAUUACAUUGGAGAAUUUGGCCACUGAUCUUCAGAUUGCUGAUAUUUUUACAAACGCCUUAGAUGCAAAUCAAUUUGAAAAGUUAAGGGAUUCUUCCUCUCCCAAGAAGUUGUCCCCCACCAAUUCUCCUCACUCCGUUCCAAGAACUGAACCGGUUAACCCUAAUCAAGUUCUUAAUGUUACUCCUUUAAGAAUGGUUAGCACUGAUGAUCUGAAGAUCAAGAAAUCUCGAACUCUACAUGCAAGAAGACCCAAGGAAAAUGUUCGAGCUAAGGGCGAUAAUCCUUCAUCGUCCACUUCUCAUGCAAACUUACCCAAGGAAGGAUCAAAGAAUGUCUACGAAGUCCCUGGGAUAUCUGUUCCUCUGCAAACUGAGAUUCCUGAACCCGCUGUUGUACCUAGGGCAAACAUCAUAGGGAAGUCCUCUAAUGAUGAUGAUGCCCACAUGGUUGAUGAUGAUGUACACACUCCUGGUGGUGGUAUACAAAUGACUGAGGAGAAAGAUAGUGGUGAUGAUGUUCAAAAAGACAAUCAUGAUGCAGAUGUCACUGAGGAUGUUAAUGACUUUGGGGAUACUGGUGCUGAUGCUGGUACAGGUACUGCUACUAGUACAGGCACACAUGUUGUGGACCUUGAUAACUAUUCUGAUAAUGAUCUGGUAACUGUUGUGAACCCUAGCAUAGCCAAAAGGCUCAUGACUAGGAGGAAAGGUAAGGCUGUUGUACAAAGUUCUCCCAAGAGAAAGAGUGUUUCUGUUUGUCCUACCAAAUCUUGGAGCAAGUUGGUCCUCAAGAAAAGGAAGGCUCAAGCUAUUAUUGACUCUGACUCUCAUGUUGCUGUUGAUGUCCAAGACAUUCCACUAAGGAAGAAGCUAACAACUAGCAAGCUUGCUGCUAGUGUUCCUCAGGUACCCAUUGAUAAUAUCUCUUUUCAUGUUCCUUCUAGUGUCAAUAGGUGGAAAUAUGUCUACCACAAGAGGUUAGCCUUGGAAAGGGAGUUAGCUCAGAAUGCCCUUGAGAAUAAGGAAAUCAUGGACCUGAUUCAUAAAGCUGGGCUAAUGAAAACCGUUGUUCAUUUUCCUAAGUGCUAUGAAAUGCUGGUAAAAGAGUUCAUUGCGAAUCUAUCAAAAGACUGUGCUGAUAGAAAAUCAAAGAAUUUUAGGAAAGUGUAUGUGAGAGGAAAGUGUGUUAUCUUCUCCUCAACUGUUAUCAACAAUUUUCUUGGAAGAUCUGAUGAAGCUCAAUCUGAGCUGGAGGUGUCUAACAAAAAAAUAUGUGAGGUAAUCACUGCUAAGCAGGUGAAAGGCUGGCCCCUGAAGGGAAAACUUUCUGCAAGCAAGCUCAGCAUAAAGUAUGCAAUGCUACACAAGAUUGGAGCUGCUAACAGGGUGCCCACAAACCACAAGUCAACUGUUGCUACUUUGGUCGGAAAGUUUAUAUAUGUUGUUGGAACCGAGACCAAGUUUGACAAUGGUACUUACAUAUUUGAUCAGACAAUGAAGCAUGCAGGAAGUUUUAGUGUGAAAGGUCCUAUUGCCUUCCCAUCUAUCAUAUGUGGUAUAAUUUUGGACCAGUUUCCUAAUAUCCUAAGUGAAAAUGAUUCUGUUUGCAAGAGAGAAAGUGCUCUAUCAUUUCACUACAAGCUAUUUGAAGGAACCCAUGUUCCUGACAUUGUCACAACAUCAGCUGGAACAUCCAAAGACAACACACUUACAUGUAAAGAUGUUGUGAUUGCUAUGCUCAAGGAGACAUGCAAGGAACUGGAGUCCAGAAAGCUGACCCUUGAGAAUUUGAUCAGCUCUCUUGAGAUGGAUGAAGGAGCUAAGUUUGCUGACACUGAUAUGAAUGAACAGGAUGCUGAGGGAAGUGACGAACAGGCUGAACCUGAUGAUGUUGGUGAUGGAAGAAUGGCAGGAUCAGAUGAAGAAGUUGAAGUAGAUGUAAGUAUAGAUGAUGGCACAGAUGAAGAAUCUGAUGGGAAUGGAUCCAAUGACUAUGAGUCUAAUGACUAG